AUGGCACCCAUGUCGAGACCCACAUUAUGUAGAAACGAGUCGAUGCAAAAGUACAUGCUUCUCUCAGCCCAGAAAGAAGCUCUCCAGCGCCGCAUGGCUAUGGAAAUUCCUUUCAACGCACCUAUGGCUGCCACUUCCCCGGAGUUUCAAUCUCUUUCGUCAUCGCCUACCUCACCAACAAAGUACUCCACGCCGUUCCCCGCAGCCAGUGAACCUGUUACCGUCAGCUCAAGGACUGGCGGAACCCCGCGCAACAGCAUCGACGACAUGCACACUGAAGAAUCCCACAAGCUCGCGGAGAUCAACCAACAAAUCGUCGCUACCCUCACCGAACUUAUGAAUACAGAAUGUAUCCGCAACGACGAGAAGCAGCGUGCCUGGGUCCAGGGCCGCCUCAUGGAAGCCGAACACCAAAUACGUCGUGAACGUCGCCGUCACUCGUCAAACGCUGGCGGCGACUUUGCAGACGCCAUCGCACAGCAUCUCGAGCUUGGUCUCAACACUUCCAAGACUUGGGCGUAA